AUGUCUAGCAUACCUUCGACGGAACCCUUCAAGAUGAGGAUUCCUUCCCCAGAUCCCGACCUCUCGGGCGAGGCCCUGUCGAAGCAGGUCCCCGACGAUCCCAAUCGCACCGGCACCAUCUACGCCGACCAGUUUCUCGCCCACAAAUGCCCUCCAGACUUCGAUGACCUCCAGCGGCGGCAGUUCUUCUGUGUUCUAGAUUUGCGCAGGCUGAAGUAUGCCGCCGAUGAGAUAUUCGUUAGGAAAGACUGGAAGCUGAACAUCAUGAACUUUGCAAAGGAAUACGAGAAGAGCAGAGGCAUGAUUAUGCUGCGGUACGGCCUGUACGAAUUCAAGAACGUGAAGCCGUCCGAGGAGGUGCUCAAGAGAUGGCGAGCCGCUCACGGUCUACCAGAUCCGGAGACGGAACGAACGAGCGCUCCAUCGGAGACCCCGAUCCCGCCUAGCCGUCGCACCGCUGCCCCUAACACGGUAUCGACGAAGCGUAAGGCCGAGGAGGAUUUGGCGCCAAAGGAUAACGCCCUGAUGGCGUCGACCGCCAACCAGAACAAGCGUCGCAAUGUUAAAGAGCCGGCUGAGAAUGCGCUCACCGGCCCUGCUCCUUUUAAGAAAAGCAAACGCAAGGUCGAGGAAACUGACGAGCCUGACGAGAACCAACCCAACAAACUGCAAAAACCUACCCCCGCAAAGUCCAAGUUUGAGAGCAUCCUCGACAAGGCGUCGUCGGGCGGUACACCUACAAACGGACUUAAGCCUGCCGAUGGCGAGGCAGGAGUGGAUUCUAACGGGUCCAUACUCUCUAGCCACAAGAUCGGAUCGGUCCCGAGUACGACGACCGGAAUUUUCAGCUAUCUCUCGGAGAGCUCCGCAAACAGUAGCAGCAACGAGAAUGACAACGCUGAAGAUGGAGACACCGACUCUGAGUCCGAAGAGGAAGCAGACGGCCAGGAGCCGGCGCCGAAUAAGGAACCCGAUGUUCCCGCUGCUGCUACUAAUACCGAUACCCCCACGGCGCAGAAACCGCCUGCUCUAUACUCUACUAGCAAACCAACCGAGAUGCCGAGCCUGUUCGGCAGCCUAACCAAGCCUAAGCCUGCCGAUCUUACCUCUAAGGGGGGUCUAUUCGGACGAGUUCAGAUGGGGACCAAUGGACAGCCUCUUCGGGCUACCCCUGACUCGGAAGAGCAGAGAUCCCUUUCCCCAGUCAAGCAGCCGGAGCCUGCAGCUGAAAAGGAGCAGAAGACACCGUCGACGCCGAUGUUCGGUGGCCAGCAGCCAUCAACACCGGCUCCGUCGUCCAGCUUUACUUUCAGUUUUGGUCAGCAAGCGCCGUCUACGCCCAACCCGCCGCCGGCUAGCCAGGGGAAUAGUACUCUCUUCGGCGCGUCGUCCCACGGAGGAAACGCGGCGCCGAGCUUCAGCUUCACCAUCGGCACGACGCCGGUGAGCGGUACCCCGGAGCCGCAGUCUCAGCACGGCGACGGCGAGGAAGGGCCGCAGGAGCAGAUCUCGCUUACGGACGGCGGUCCGGGCGAGGAGGACGAGGUGAUGCUGCACGAGGUGCGGGCCAAGGCGAUCAAGUACGUGCCGGUGGUGAAGGGCAGCGACGAGGAGGAGGAGAAGAAGUCGCCGUGGUCGACACAAGGUGUGGGCCCGCUCCGCGUGCUGAAAAACAAGUCUACGGGGACGGUGCGGGUCCUGUUGCGGGCCGAGCCCCGGGGCCACAUCGCGAUGAACAAGGCGCUGCUUUCGGACGUGGAGUACAAGGCGAAGGACAAGACGGUCAACUUCGUGGCGUCGAGCGACAGCGGUCUGGGCCUGGAGACGUGGGUGCUCCAGGUGAAGAAGCCGGACUUCGCACGACAGCUGACGGAGGUGUUGGAGGCGAACAAGAGUGCGAACAAGAAGUAG